AUGAUGGCUGAAAGACUCAUUCCUCAACGGUUUCUCGAUGCAGAUAAAGAACCUGAUCAAUAUUUAAUGCCGAUCGCUGACUAUGAAAAAUAUCCCCUUGUUUCAUUGAAAGCCUCAGUCGAACCAAUCAAAUCUUUACUCUUCAACUGUGAUACAAUGGUCGAAAUCGCACUGAGAAGUUGUCGAAGACCUUCGGAUGCACUCACGCAGGACGAAUCAGCUUCAAUCCAUCUUUAUACAAUGCAAUGGUCUCAACCUCAUGCGAGCUUAUACCAAUUGUUGAACGAGAGACUUAGAUCGAAAAAUCGAGAGUCAUUAAUAGUUUGGUUUCAUUAUUUGAAGCUAUUUUUCACAGCUUUAUUCAAGCUGCGAUCAAUUCGAGGAAUCGUUUAUCGAGGUGUUCGACAAAAUCUCAGUAAUGACUAUGAUGAAGAUCACAUUUGGUGGGGAUUGAGUUCUUGCACAGAAAAACUAAAUGUCAUGGAGGCAUUCAUCGGAACACAUGGAAGUCGAACGAUUUUUAAUAUCGAAUGUUUCAAUGGCAAGCCGAUUCGUCCUCAUUCGCAUUUUCAAGAUGAAGAAGAAAUUCUUCUUCUUCCGGGAACUUAUUUCAAAGUUGUGGACAAGUGGAAUGCAGGAAACGGUUUAUUCAUUGUCCAUCUGAAAGAAGAAAUUCCUCCUUAUGAAACAUUAACUCCACCUUUUGAUGUUUUUCCUGCAUUGAUGGAAAAACUAGCAAUUUCAGGAGAAAGAAAACCUCUCUCGGCUCGAAUUUCAACUAUUUCGAAAGCAUCUCAAGUUAAAUUCAACAAAUGGCGACAAUCUGGAAAAACUAUGGCGGGAGGAAAUGGAGGAGGACGCGAAUUGAAUCAGCUCGAUGGCCCUCAAGGCAUUUUCAUUGAUGAUAGUCGACAUAUUUUCAUAGCGGAUUGGAGAAAUAAUCGAAUUGUUGAAUGGAAACCAGAUGGACAUGAAGGCACAGUUAUUAUAGGUGAAAAUGGUCAAGGAAGUAGAUUAAAUCAAUUGAACUAUCCGAUAGGUGUGAUUGUUGAUAAACAAAAUAAUUCUUUGAUCAUUGCUGAUUCAUGGAAUAGACGAGUGAUUCGGUGGUGGGACCGAAAUCAACAAGAUAUUCUCAUCGAAAACAUCCGAUGUUCAAGUUUAGCAAUAGAUAAAGACGGAUAUCUAGGCACUUUUGGCUUGAAAAGAGUGAUGUUUAAAACGGCGAUUGCAAGAGAAUUUGCAGGACAAUUGAGCGAAAUGAUUCAUCAGAGACGAAUUCAGUAUUUUGGUGCACAAAAUACGCGUAACGGAUCGUAUUCACCACGAGAAUUUUUAACACCACUGGUAGCAAUGAACGUUACUGGAACUGACGUAAAAGUUGAAAGCGAAAACACAUACGAUCCUUUACUGAACACUGCGUAG